AUGCUGCAGACGGACAGCUCCUCCCCACGGCUCCAGUGGCACAUCACCCUGGGGUGCUGGAAGCAGCAGUGGGCCUGGCACCAAAGCAGACCUCUGGAUCUGGGCCAGCGCACGCUAUCUCUCGGGGGAGACCUGUGUGGAGCACGCAGACAAGCGGCAGCCGCCCUGAGCAGAUCAGCACCCUGCCCGGCCAGGCGUGGGAUGCCUCCUCCAGAUAAGGGCCAGGGCAGCCUCUGCCGAAGCCGGAACGGCUCCAGCGCCACACAACCUCCGGGGGCCAAACAGCCGGAUGCCAGGCUCGCCAGGACGGGCCCUUUGUGGUUCGUGCCCUGUGGCCGUGUGUCUCCCUCCAGCAUGAAGCCCGCCGGCCUUGCCCUGCUUCUCCUCGUCCUCGUCCUCCUCCUCUUGGGAGCUGGACACAGCCAGGCACCCUGCAGCAGCGACGAGGAGUACGGCUGCCCCAAGGACAACCAGGACGUCUACACGAGCGCUAGAGACGUGACGGAGAUCCCGAAGUCGGCCCCUCCCAUCGUUUCCGAAAUGUUCUUUAUCCAAACCAGCCUCCUCAAGGUCAAAGAAGGGGCCUUCCGGAACAUCCCCAACCUGGAGAAACUCCUGUUCCUUGGGAACAACAUCCGCACCAUUGAGGUGGGAGCCUUUGAUAAUUUGGGGAAACUGGAGGAGAUGGAAAUCUCUGGGGCUCAGCUGGGCCACCUGCCUGGGGGCGUCUUCCGAAAUCUGCCUGCUCUGCAGAAACUGAACCUGCGUGACAAUCAGAUCACAGGGGUGGGGGACGGGCUUUUUGACGGUCUGGCCAGGCUGACGGACCUUUACCUUCAUGUCAAUGAAAUCCCUUCUCUCCCUGACGGCAUCUUCGACGGGCUUCCCAAACUCACCACCUUGCACUUGGCCAAAAAUAAGAUUUCAAACCUCCCAAAGGAUCUCUUCAAGCAACUGACUCAGCUGAAGACUCUUCGGCUGUAUGAAAAUGAGAUUCACGAGCUCCCCGAGCGGAGUCUGGAGAACCAGCAGGGCUUGAAGGAGCUCACCCUCCAGCACAACAAAAUCCAGACUCUGCCCCCCGACUUGCUAAGGAAUCUUCCCAGCCUGGAGAAGCUUUUCCUGAACAACAACCGGAUCCAAGUCCUCCCAGGGGAGGCCUUCUUUGGGCUGAGGAAAAUGAAGCAGCUGAAAUUGGCUUCCAACCGGAUCGAAAUGCUUCCUGGGCAGCUUUUUGGCCCGAUGCCCCUGCUCAGGGAGCUGGACCUGAGCAUGAACAACCUCUCUUCUCUGGACAGCCUGCUAUCUCUCCCAGUAGUGAAGACCCUCAAGGUCUCCAAUAACCAUCUGGAGAGCAUCCCCGAGGGCCUCUUCAACAGCUGGGGAAAGCUCACCUCAGUGGAUCUCAGCGGGAACCCCUGGAGGUGUGACUGUCAUCUUCUCUACCUCCACAGCUGGAUGAGAAAUAAUCCCUCCAAAGCUCGAGAUGCCAAUAAGGUUGUGUGUAGAAGCCCCGAGGAUCUGGCCGGGAAGGAGGUCAGUGGACUAACUGAAGACCAGCUCAUCUGCCUGACAACCACCCCCCUUUCAACCCCCACCUUCACUUUAGCCACAGCAGUUCCCUCAGCCAGAGAAAUCCUCACAAUUGCUGGGGUUACUUCCACAACCCAUGAGACUCCAACCACAGCCUCCGAAAUCACGACCACCACCAAGAGGUCCACCACCAUUCCACAGUCCACCACCACCAAGACCACCCUUGAAAGCACCCCCACCCCCCAAGCCACCAGUACCAGUGUGGGCCACACCACAGCCUCUGAAAUCACAACCACCACCGAGAGGUCCACCACCAUUCCACAGUCCACCACCACCAUCAAGACCACCCUUGAAAGCACCCCCACCCCCCAAGCCACCAGUACCAGUGUGGGCCACACCACAGCCUCCGAAAUCACAAUCACCACCGAGAGGUCCACCACCAUUCCACAGUCCACCGCCACCAUCAAGACUACACCAGGCACCCACACCAUGGUUCACCUCCGUUGUUCCAUAGGCACAGACUUCUGCUGCUGGUGUGGUCACAACAACGCCUCAGCCGGCAACCGACGGAUCCUCUUGCAGUGCUCAUUCGUCUACUAG